GAGUUUGUUGGCCAAGUCUUUGUGCGUCACUCUGUGCACUCUACCACUCUUGGCUCCGCCUCUCACUUUCUCUGGACUGCAGACACAGGGGCCACUUCUUAUAUGACACCCUACAAACACUGGUUUCACAACUACACCCCAAUGAGAGUUGCUGUUCAUUUUGCAAACAAUCGCAUCAUCUACUCUGAGGAUGUAGAGUCAGUAGUGUUUGCUCCAGAAGUUAAGAAGAAGCUAGUGCGCAAACUAGAGUUUAGUAGAAUGCUGCAUGUACCAGAGCUUGGCUCCAAUCUCUUCUCUGUCCUGUAUCUCGUUCGUCAUCACAGUCUCAAUGUUCACAUCUAUUCUGAUUGCAUGAACUUUGACCACAAUGGUGAGACACUGUUCUGCGCCUUUAUCAACACCUCUAACACUGCCUACUUCGAUGGGACAGUCAUUUCUGCUAUGGAUUCUGCUCAGGUUGCCAACUCAUCCGCUCUACCACUUGAUGAGUAA